AUGAAGUCUCUUCUCACCCUCACCCUCGCCCUCUUCGCCUCAGCUGGGCUCGGCGACGCUGCCUCAGCUGGCUGUGGCAAGCAGCCUCCCUCCAGCGGCGUCAAGACCAUGCAGGUCAACGGCAAGAACCGCGAGUACACCCUCCAGCUGCCCAACAACUACCAGAACAACAAGCCCCACCGUCUCGUCUUCGGCUACCACUGGCUCAGCGGCAACAUGGGCAACGUCGUCCAGGGCGGUUACUACGGUCUUCGCAACUUGGCUGGCGACUCUACCAUCUUCAUUGCCCCCAACGGUCUCAACGCUGGUUGGGCUAACCAGGGUGGUGAGGAUAUCACCUUUACUGAUCAGAUGCUUGCUUUUGCCAAGCAGAACCUCUGCAUUGAUGAGAAGCAAGUUUUCGCCACCGGCUUCAGCUACGGUGGUGCCAUGAGCCACAGUGUCGCUUGCUCCCGACCCAACGACUUCGCUGCUGUCGCCGUCAUCUCUGGUGCUCUCCUCUCCGGCUGCAACGGCGGCAACACUCCCGUCUCUUACCUCCACAUCCACGGAUCCGCCGACAACGUUCUUAGCAUCCAGCAGGGCCGCCAGCUCCGCGACAAGUGGAUCGGUACCAACGGCUGCCAGCAGAAGCAGGUCAACGAUCCCGCUCCCGGUGCCCAGAACUACGUCAAGACCUCUUACACUUGCAGCCGCAAGCCUGUUACCUGGAUCGCACACGGUGGUGGCCACGUUGGCGACCCUACUGCCAACGGCCAGAAGUUUGCCCCUGGUGAGACCUGGAGCUUCUUCAACGCCGCUGCUGGCACUAGCGCUAAGCUCCGCUGUUAAAUAACCUGAGUGUUUGCAGACUCUGAGGACAGCCAACGUGUUGGCUAUCUGCAAGCCUUACACUCGAGAAAUGGGGAGGGAGAUCUUACAUUCCUUGUACAUUGCAACCUGGUGGAAGUAUUAUUAUAUACAAAUGGUCCAAUCCUACCGAGGGAUCCGGCACAUCCUUCACUGUACAUAGUUUAAGCACCUUGGUGGACUCGGAUGACAAUACAUCACAGUAUAUACUCGCACA